AUGGCCCCCUCCGGUCUAGCUAUCCUCCUCGGAGCCGGUCCCACAACAGGCGCCGGCAUCGCACGCGUGCUCGCGUCCCCCUCUCACGGGAACCUCGCAGUCGCGCUCCUCUCCCGCACCGGCAGCGCCUCCCUCGCCGACGACAUCAGCAAGACCUCCGAAGGCGGCACGCUCAAAGCCUUCCAGACCGACACGACGCGCAAAUCCCUGGACGCGGCCUUCGCCGACAUCCGCAAAUGGAGCGCCUCGCUCGACGCCCCGGCAGACCUGAAGCUCAAGCUCGCCAUCUUCAACAUCAAACAUUCGCACAAGACGCCCUUCCUGUCUGAGGACCCCAACGCCUUCUCGGAAAGUCUGGAGACAUACGUCACAGGGGCGAUGAAUUUUUCGCAGUUGGCUCUGCGCUGGAUGAUAGAGCAGUACCCGGCGCACACGCCCGAGGAGUCCCCACUGCAGAAGCGCGGCACGCUGGUCUUCACGGGCACGCUGGGUUCGCUGCGUACGAACACUGGGUUUGGCGCGUACGGCGCGGGGCGGGCAGGCGUCCGCAUGCUGGCGCAGAGUCUGGCGCGCGAGUUCAGUUCGCAGGGCGUGCAUGUCGUGCAUGCGAUUGCGAAUGGUGGCAUCACCGACAAGUACCAUGACUGGCAUGGAGGAGAAGAGGGAAAGGGCAAGGGAGAGGACGCAGAGAAGGUUAUGAGAGGAGAGAAGAUUCGAGCGGAAAGCGUCGGCAAGUUGUACCUCAAUAUGAUGGAAGCAGAGAGCGAUCUAUGGGUGCAUGAGUUAGAUAUGAGACCAGCUGCUGAGAAGUUCUGA